CAAGAAGGUCAAGUAAACCGAGAGGAUCAUCGCUGUAUAAAACAAGUCAUCCUGAUGGACGUGACAAUCAGUCACUGGGAAGGAUGGCACCGAAGCAGAAUUACGCAGCAGUCGUCCAUGGUCCGAACGAUCUUCGGCUGGAGGAGCGCUCAAUACCGGAACCGGCCUUUAACGAGGUGGUCUUGGAAAUCGAUUGCUGUGGGAUCUGCGGCACGGAUAUUCACUUCCUGAAGGAGGGAGGUUUUGGCACUCAAAUGUUGGUCAAGCCGAUCGUUCUGGGUCACGAGUCUUCCGGGAUCGUCAGGAAGGUCGGCAGUUCGGUGACCCACCUGAAAGUCGGUGAUCGCGUCGCGAUCGAGCCCGCUGCCGGGUGUAGAACUUGCGAUCUUUGCAAGGUUGGCAAGUACAACGUGUGCCUGGACGGGAGGCACUGCACUACGCAGAAGACCGACGGCAAUUGUUCCAACUACUUUGCGCAGUACGCGGACUGUUGCUACAAACUGCCCGAUCACAUGACCAUGGAGGAGGGCGCCCUGUUGGAACCGCUGGCAGUUGCAGUCUACGCUACGCGUCGUGCCGAUAUUCGCCUGGGUAGUAGGGUGAUCAUCUUUGGAGCCGGCCCCAUCGGUAUAAUGUGCCUGAUCGCGGCCAAAGCCAUGGGGGCCACCCGUACGGUGAUCCUCGAUCUGGAUCGGGUCAAACAUCGCCUUGACCUGGCCAAGAAGCUGGGCGUAACGGGCGCGAUCGCGAUCAAGAAGGACGAAACAGAGGACGAUCUCAUCCGGAAGAUCGACGAAGUGCUGGGAGGUCCGGCUGAUCGCGUCCUCGAGUGUACCGGAUCGCAACCGGGCAUCCGGACUGCGAUCAAGGCCACUCGGAAUGCGGGCCGGAUUUGCCUGGUCGGACUGGGGAACGACGACGUCCAGCUGCCGAUGGUGGACGCCAUUUCGAGGGAGAUUGAAAUUACCACCGCGAUGAGAUUCAACCACGACUUUCCAGCGGCACUGGAGAUCGUGGCCAGCGGGUACGUGGACGUGAAGCCGCUCGUCUCGCACCACUUUGACCUGAAGCACGUGAAGGAGGCGUUCCGCAUGGCCAGCCAGGGUGAAGGGAACAAGGUGUUGAUUCACCUAGUGCCGCGCGAUACCAACAACAAGAAGAAGUUUGUGAAUUAAAUAAAGACAGAAUUAUGCAAAAA